AAAGCGGAGGCGCUAGAGUCUGAGUGUCUGCUGUGAUCUCGGUUCGUCGCCACCAUGGGGAAGCGACAGCACCAGAAGGACAAGAUGUACAUCACCUGUGCCGAGUACACUCAUUUCUAUGGUGGCAGGAAGCCAGAUAUCACACAGACAAGUUUUCGCCGCUUACCUUUUGACCACUGCAGUCUCUCUCUCCAGCCUUUUGUCUACCCAGUCUGCACCCCGGAAGGUGUCGUCUUCGACUUGCUGAACAUUGUCCCAUGGCUUAAGAAGUAUGGGACCAAUCCGAGCACUGGAGAGAAACUUGAUGGGAAGUCCCUGAUUAAGCUGAACUUUGCGAAGAACAGUGAAGGGCAGUACCACUGUCCAGUGCUGUACUCCGUGUUCACUGACAACAUCCACAUCGUGGCCAUCAGGACAACUGGCAAUGUCUACACCUAUGAGGCAGUGGAACAGCUAAACAUCAAGGCCAAGAACUUGAGGGACCUGUUAACUGAUGAGCCCUUUUCCAGGCAAGACAUCAUCACCCUGCAGGACCCCACCAAUUUGGACAAAUUUAACGUCAGCAGCUUCUUCCAUGUAAAGAAUAACAUGCGAAUGAUAGAUCCAGAUGAGGAAAAGGCCAAACAAGACCCAUCUUAUUAUUUGAAAAAUACAAAUGCGGAGACCCGAGAGACGCUACAGGAGCUCUACAAAGAGUUCAAAGGAGAUGAGAUUUUAGCAGCUACCGUGAAGCCACCUGAGAAGAAGAAGGUGGACCAACUGAAUGCCGCCCACUACUCCACAGGGAAGGUCAGUGCGUCCUUCACCUCUACCGCCAUGGUGCCUGAGACCACGCACGAAGCAGCUGUCAUUGAUGAAGAUGUCCUGCGCUACCAGUUUGUGAAGAAGAAGGGCUAUGUGAGGCUGCACACCAACAAGGGUGACCUCAACCUCGAGCUGCACUGUGAUCUGACACCAAAAACCUGUGAAAACUUCAUCAAGCUCUGCAAGAAACAGUAUUAUGAUGGUACCAUCUUUCACAGGUCCAUCAGGAACUUUGUGAUCCAGGGUGGUGACCCUACUGGUACAGGCACAGGUGGGGAGUCAUACUGGGGCAAGCCUUUCAAAGAUGAGUUCCGUCCCAAUCUUUCACACACAGGCCGUGGGGUGCUCAGCAUGGCCAAUUCAGGGCCCAACACCAACAAGUCUCAGUUCUUCAUCACCUUCCGGUCCUGUGCUUACCUGGACAAGAAGCACACCAUCUUUGGACGGGUUGUCGGGGGCUUUGACACGCUGACAGCUAUGGAGAAUGUGGAGAGUGACCCCAAAACUGACCGCCCUAAGGAAGAAGUGCGCAUCUGUACCACUACGGUGUUUGUGGAUCCCUAUGAGGAGGCCGACGCCCAGAUUGCCCAGGAGCGGAAGAAGACACAGCACCAGGUGGAUCCAGAGGCCAAGGCCAAGACGAACCAGCCCCAGCCUGGAAACCAGGGCCCCCAGACAUACCGCCAGGGGGUGGGCAAGUACAUCAACCCUGCAGCCACGAAACGAGCAGCAGAGGAAGAACCAUCCACCAGCACAGCCAUCCCCACAGUCAAGAAAAGGCCCAGUCGGGGCUUUGGGGACUUCAGCUCCUGGUAGCAGCAGGCUGGCCUCAGGGAUCCUGGUAGGGGUGCAGGGCUGUGGGCCUCCAGGUCUGUCCCUGAGCCCUUUAUCCUUGCCAUCAGUUUGGGCUGUGAACCAAUAAAUCUGUUGCCUAUGACCUGGGUCCAGUUUGGGCCCCUGGGACUCCUGGCAUCCCCUUCCUCA